AUGUCUACGUCGACGAUGGUGGUGUCAGAUGCGGAGUUUUUGCCUUCCAGGAACGAAAGGCGUGGCCAAGUUGGACAGACCGCCACAAAACUGCACAUCAUGGACAUCUUGAAGAACCGUGGUGAGUCCGCGACACCCUUCAAGGUCCAGCAGGAGAUCGCCAUGCCACCAGAAGCACCAACCGACUUCGCGGUUGGUCUGCACCUCAGUGAGAAGCACGGAGUGGUCUUUAUGAUCACGAAGGCCGGAUUCCUUUUCAUGUUCGACAUUGGAACCGGCACGAUGCUGGUGCGCUCUAGGGUCUCUCAGGAGACAGUCUUCAUCACCGUUGGCAGCGCACUGACCGGCGGCAUCAUCUUCGUGAACAAGCGGGGUGCAGUGAUGAGUGCUAAGGUCAAUGAGACAGCGAUCGUCAAUUACAUUAUGAACCAGCUGGUGCAGAUUCCAAACCGCCAGGACAUUGCCUUCACCAUGGCAAGACGUUUUGGUUUGCCCGGUGCUGAUGAGUUGUUUCAACGCCAAUUCAAUCAGCUCUUUGCCUCCGGCGACUACAAGGGUGUGGCGCUCAGUCACGGUGCUGCUCUCAUUGCAGCCCAGUGCAAGAGCGGUCUGUUGCGCACCCCACAGACCAUUCAGCAGUUCAAGAGUGUGCAGGCACCCCCAGGACAGUCCUCGCCCAUCCUGCACUAUUUCUCCACUUUGUUGGAACACAACAAGCUCAAUGCCCUUGAGUCUGUGGAGUUGGUUCGGCCUGUUGUGCAGCAAGGCCGGCGUGAACUCAUUGAGAAGUGGCUGAAGGAAGACAAGUUGGAGUGCACUGAGGAGCUGGGUGACAUCGUGCGACCUUUGGAGACGAAGUUCGCCCUCUCCAUCUACCUGAGGGCUCAGAUUCAUCAGAAGGUGAUCCAAUGCUUCGUCGAGCUGGGGCAGAUUGAUCAGAUUGUGGCAUACGUGAAGAGAGUUGGAUAUCAGGCUGAUUACACGCAGCUCCUUCAGAACAUGGUUGCCACAAAUCCAGAGGGUGCCACCAACUUCGCAAAGAGUCUCUUGGAGGGCCAAAAUGGUGUGCCGCUCAUCGACAUCAAUCAGGUGGUGAAGGUCUUCAUGGACCAGAACCGCCUGCAGGAAACGACUUCCAUCUUGCUGGACGCUCUCAAGGCGAACAAGCCGGACCAAGCCCACUUGCAGACGCAACUACUGGCUAUGAACUUGCAGCAAGCACCAAAGGUUGCCGAGGCAAUCCUUCAAAUGAACAUGUUCACCCACUAUGACCGGGCAUACAUUGGCCAGCUGUGUGAGAAAGCUGGCCUCAUGCAGUGGGCCAUGGAGCACUACACUGACGGGACUGACUUGAAGCGAGUGAUGAUGCACGCACAUCAGAUGACGCCAGAGUUCUUGAUCCAGUACUUCUCCCGCUUGUCACCUGAGACGGCGCUCGAAUGCCUCACCGAUCUCAUGCGCCACAACCGACAAAACUUGCAGGUUGCAGUGAAGGUUGCUAUCCAGUAUCACGAGCAGAUUGGGGCGGUGAAGAUCGUGGACAUGUUUGAAAGCUUUGGCUCCAAUGAAGGAAUAUUCUACUUCCUCGGUGCGAUUUUGAACACCAGCACCGAUCCUGACGUGCAUUUCAAAUAUAUCCAGGCAGCAAGCCGAGUUGGCAACAUGCAGGAGGUGGAGCGUGUGUGCCGGGAGUCGCAAGUGUAUGACCCGACUGCCGUGAAGAACUUCCUCAAAGAGGCGAAGUUGCCGGACCCGCGGCCAUUGAUCUAUGUGUGCGAUCUGCACGAUUUUGUGGAGGAGCUGACAGACUAUCUCUACAAGAACUCCUUGAUGAAGUACAUUGAGGUUUACGUCGUGAAGGUCAACCCACUGAAGUGCCCACAGGUGAUUGGAAGCCUCAUCGACCUGGACUGCUCAGAGGAUUUCAUUAAGACUCUGCUGCAGAAUGUCCGAGCAGCAUGUCCAGCUGAGCCUUUGGUGGAGCAGAUCGAGAAGAGGAAUCGCCUUCGUUUGAUCUUGCCAUGGCUUGAAGCUCGUGUUGCCGAAGGAAAUCAGGAUCCUCAUUUGCACAAUGCCAUGGCAAAGAUUCUGAUCGACACCAACCGCGAACCAGAGAACUUCUUGAAGACCAACGCUUUCUACGACUCCAAAAUCGUGGGCAAGUACUGCGAGGAUCGUGAUCCUCACCUGGCAUACACAGCCUACAAGCGUGCCUGGGGUUCCUGCGAUGAGCAAUUGGUGGACGUGACCAACCGCAACGGCCUCUUCCGACUGCAAGCAAGGUAUUUGGUGGAGCGCCAGAGCCCAGACCUCUGGGCCUUAGUCCUGACGCCUGACAACCAGUACCGUCGCAACGUCAUUGAUCAAGUGGUCAGCACUGCAUUGCCGGAGUCCACGAACGCAGAUGAGGUUUCUGCAACUGUCAAAGCAUUCAUCAGUGCGGAUCUUCCAACUGAACUGAUUGAGCUGUUGGAGAAGAUUGUGCUCCACAACUCCGACUUCAGCAAGAACAGGAACUUGCAGAACCUGCUGGUCCUUACGGCAAUCAAAGCUGACAAGGCACGUGUCAUGGACUACAUCAACCGCCUGGACAACUACGAUGGUCCAGAGAUUGCCAAGAUCGCCCUGGGCGAUCCUUAUGGCCUCUAUGAGGAGGCAUUUCUCAUCUACAAGAAGUGUGGGCAGAAUGCAGAAGCCAUGGAUGUGUUGCUGGAGAACAUCAACUCGCUGGAGAGGGCACAGGAGUUCGCCGCACGCAUCAACGACAAGACGGUCUGGUACAAGCUGGGCAAGGCACAGCUGGAGAACGGCAGUGUGCCUGAGUCAGUCGACUCCUACCUGAAGUCCGAGGAUGCCACUGAUUAUCUCGAAGUCAUCCAGGCAGUGUCUGCUGUCUCCUGCGUCAUGGCCAUGGCUUUAUCUUCGCUGCGCUGUCACCGGGUCGCCCGGGUCGCUGUGCCGCUGCGAAGUAUCUUGCCACGUGGCGCCCAACUCGCCCACCGGCGAUGUUUGAGCAUCCAGGUUGCGCUUCUUGCUCUUUGCGCUGUGCUCUUCCCCUCGACUGUGCUACUGAAGGUGGAUCCUCAGUAUCCUGGCACUGCUGUGGAGCGUUUGCAGGGAAUCCAUCUCCGCGUGAAGACUUUGAGCAAAGAGGAGCUCAGUGGCGAUUGGCAGGAGGUACGCCGUCGUUUGCUAUGGGCUGGUGGACUUCGAGAUUUACCAGAUGUCCCACCGGGCCAAGGCUGCACUGCGCAUUCCUUCAAUGAUGACACGCAUUGCGAUCUCACAGCCAUGCUUGGUGAAGUUUCUCACAACCAGAACGAUGGCAACAUUGAGGGCAUUGCCACUGGCAACCUUCUUGGGCCAGGAAUCCAGGUGGCUUCUUUGCCCGAAUUGGGCCCGGGGGGUUCCUGGAGCACUUGCAUCAAUGGCUGCAACUUUGAGCCACCGCAGGAUGUUGCACAUGUCCAGUUUCGAUCCAGGGUGGCCUUCAAGCUGGUGUGGUGUCCACCUGACUUCAAGAAAUUCGUGUUGGUAGAUGAUGAAGGUGAGUACUUGGCCCAUGGUGAGCCAACUGGAGAGCUACCAAAUGAGUUCUGGAGGAAAAGAAACUAUGAGCUUGUUCGCGGUGGAAGAUAUGCUCGUGUCGCUGAGAGCUUCAAGGAGGCAGCCGAACGUGAAGAGAAUUAUGAAGAGCUGGUGCGAUACCUCACGAUGGCACGAACCAAGGUGAAGGAUUCGCAGAUUGAUGGUGAGCUCGUGUAUGCCUAUGCCAAGACUGAGCGCCUGAGCGACAUGGAGGAGUUCAUUAGCGGAACCAACACAGCCAACAUCCAGGCAGUUGGCGAUCGCCUCUAUGAUGAGAAGUUCUACAAGGCUGCGAAGAUUUUGUACGCCUCCAUCCCGAACAAUGGGCGCUUGGCCUCCUGCCACGUGCAGCUCGGAGAGUACACGCAGGCGGUGGAGGCAGCGAAGAAGGCCAACAAUCCAAAGACCUGGCAGGAGGUGAACUUGGCCUGUGUGAAGGCUGAACAAUUCCGCUGCGCAGAGAUUGCCGGCCAGCACAUCAUUGCAGGGUGCUUGGAUCCUCUCACCAAGUCCAUGUGUAGCUAUGAAUCCUAUGACAAAUACAACGGGCUGCCCGGGCUUGUGCGAUCUGAGGUUCAUCCCGAUCAUCUCGAAGAGAACGCAGUGCUCAAUUCCAAGAUUUCCAAGGCCUUGAUGCAGCUGUUGGAGUCAGGCCUUGGCAAUGAGCGUGCCAACCUUGGCCGGGGGCUGCAUGGCCGCAUGGGUGCUAGAGCAAAGCUGGUGGCAGUGUGUGGCCGUACGCGCAAUGAGACGGACUCCACCAUUGACACAGCGGAUGAGGACAGUACCACUGACGGAAACGAGGAAUGUGAGGAUCUGGAGCUUCUGAGCUGCCCAAGUCCCACGUCUGACGCAGGCUUGCUGGUAUUCCUGUGCAUUGCCUGCGGCUGUUCCUGCCAAGCGCCCUAUGAAGUGUUGAACACGAAGGCAGGCACUGUUGACAAAGGUUGCGCGCAUUUGAUCAGCUUGGCUGAACACAUCUUUGGCCUCGUGGUCACGCUUCGUAGCGCUUUCAGAUCACGGCAGUUGCCGCUUCAGUGGCACAUCUGUCUUGCCGCAGGCUCAGUGGGCUAUACGCAGCUGCAGAACAUCGCCUUGGGCACACAGCUCCCGACGCUCGUGUUGAUCACCAUCAAGAAUGGCAAUUUGCUUGCCAAUGUCUUUCUUGGGAAGCUGUUGCUGCAUCGUCAAUAUGGCCUGCAGCAGCUCGUUGCUGUGGUGCUCCUCUCUCUUGGACUCAUUCUUGUGUCGUUGGCGGGAGCUGUUGGUGACAAUACGACCGAGAAUGGGCACAGCUGCGUACUAGGGAUCAUCUUGCUGGCUGGCGCUCUUCUUAGCCGUGCAGCUGGCGGACUUGUCCAGGAACAGCUCUCACGCACACGGACAGUGCCGGUUGAGGAGCUGCUCUUCUUUCGCAGCCUCUUGGGCUUGCCGGCAGUUCUGCUCCAAUACAAAAGCAUUUCAACACACAGCCGCCAGUGGUUCGCAGGCGAAAUCAUGUUUGGAUGGCCGGGACCAUGGGUGCUGCUGGCAUUGAAUACAGUCAUGGACUAUGUGACGCGCGUUGGCAUCACACUUUUGAUCGAGCGAACAUCUGCUCUCACCGCGAACCUCGUCCUUACUUUCCAGCGCUUUGUUUCCUUCAUCAUAUCUGCAGUGCUUUUGAGCCCGGAGCUGCCGUCCAAGUCUUUGUGGCUGGGCGCUCUGGUGGUGCUUGCAGGGACAUUGCUCUAUGCAGUAGCACCUGCGGAUGUGAAAGGCUCUCCCAAGGUGGGCGUUUUGUGGAGGUGCGUCCGGCACAGCCUGACAGAGAUGACUUCGCAAAUGCAGAAAUUGCUUCGCUCGGAUUCCGGAUGUAAAGGAAUUCCAGAGCAAGAUCAGGAGGUCGCCCUUCAACGUGCAUUGCGAUGUUUGGGAUCCCAGGUCUGGGCCAAGCAGCUGAGUUCAGAAGCAGAGUCAACAGGGUCCCCUGGUCGCGACCCGAUGCGACCCGAUGCGGUUGGUUUGAGGUACAAGCCAAAGAUGCUGAUGGACUUCAUCAAGAUGAACGUGCAGAAGUUGAACAUCCCAAAGCUCAUCCAUGCAUGCGAGAGGCACUAUCACUGGGAGCAUGCGGUGUUCCUCUACACGCACUAUGACGAGUAUGACCAGGCGGCAAACACCAUGAUGGCUCACAGCCCAAUUGCGUUUGCCCAUGACCAGUUCCUGAUGAUCAUGCAGAAGGUGUCCAACAUGGAGCUGUACUACCGAGCAGUACAGUUCUACCUGGAUGAGCAGCCGCUGCAGUUGAACUCACUCCUGAGCACGAUUACACCAAAGGUCGAUCACGCUCGAGUUGUUCAACAGGUCAAGAAGGCUGGCCAGUUGCCGCUGAUCAUGCCCUACAUGAAACAGGUGCAACAGCACAACAUCGCGCCAGUGAAUGAGGCCAUCAAUGACAUCUACGUGGAUGGUGAGCAGUACGAGGAGUUGAGACAAAGCAUCGAGGAGACAACUUGCUGGUGCAUGAUGCCGGGUUCGUCCGCUGCUCCAUGCGUGCGCGGAGCACCAGUGGGUGGCACACCUUUGCGCAGUUCUCGCACGGAGUUUCUCAACAGCUUCCGCUGGGCAGCGCGGGGCAGAGGAGCACCAAACGAGUUGGUUACAGCAUUGGGUGCUGCGGCUCAUGAGUUACCCUUGCCACCACCUUGGAGAGAGGAGAUUAGUCCCAGCAGAGCGGUCUACUUUUGGAAUCCUUCCGGCAAGUCCAGUUGGGAGCAUCCGUUGAUGGAUGUUUUCCUCCAGGUGUUGGACACUGUGAUGCAGAUCAUCCGCGACUGCCUAUCAGCUAGUGAUUUGGCAUCAGCCCUGUCGGCCCAUUUGAGAUGCGCAGAUGAAGAAGCUGUAAGAGCGCUUGAAGGUUGGUCACAGCAAGAGCAAGGUGAUUCCCAGUACUUCUACAACGCCUUCACCGGUGAAAGCAGUUGGGAAAAUCCUGCCGAGGUAGCCCAGCACAAGCUUCAUGCGCAGUAUUGGUUGUUGGCACACUUCGUGCAGCACUUCUAUGGGGAUAUGGCUCUCAGCUCUGAAGGCCGGAGCUUUCUCACUGCGCUGAGAGAGCGAGUGGAUUUGCCCGACGAGGUGAAGGACUACGCUGCCUGGAUCCAGGCAUCAGUCGCCAGCAGCUCCCCUGCACCGCCUGCGCUGUGGCAAGUGCCCACCCCCCUGCGACGGACGCGGCCUCCACUGCCGCCUCUGACUGCUCUGUCACUGAAAGUGGAUGCGGCGCCGAUGGAGCCGAACCUGGCAUUUCUGGUGCGCGCACCGGCAGUCGCUGUGCCCGAGAGCGAGGCCUGCUUGAGACGUGCUCAAUCUGCCGGUCAACUUGAGGGGGCAACCAGGAAACGAAGGCAUCCACCACUGACCAAGUACCCUUUGCGACGGUCAUUGCUAAUUUGGAAGCCAGUGGCAGAAGACGAGCUGAAGAACGCAAGCCUUCAGGCAAGGCGUGCUCAAACAGGACCACUAUAGCUGCAAGCCUUGCACUGCACACAGCCGUCCGAGCAGGGUUAAGUGGAACAUAGUGAUUAGCAGCAAGAAACCUCAAUAUUAUACUGAGCUACACUGUGUUCAAGGGGUAAAAUGAUGGCACUUGUACAUUCUCAGAAGGCAUACUGGCCUGACAACUCGACUCUGGGUGCUCUUGUCUAGAUCCAGAGGACAUGCAAGUGCACUUCCGCUACCACUGUG